AUGUCCCAGAAGCGCCCACCGAUCACUUGCCACGUCCUUGACACGACAGCCGGGCGCCCCGCCGCCUCGAUCCCCGUCACGCUCACGCUCCUGUCCCCGUACGGCCCGAGCACGCCGCUGUCGGCGACGACCAACAGCGAUGGGCGAGUGACCGCAUGGGCGGCGGCUGCAGGAGACCCAACCACGCUCGAGGAGAUCUUCCACAACAGCAAGGCACGCGAGGAGAGUGGGGAGAGUGCGGAGAUGGUGUGGGCUCUGAAGUUCGAGACCAAGGCGUACUGGGAGCAGAGGGGCGUCAAGGCUUUUUUCCCGGAGGUGGAGAUCAAGUUUGUGGUGCGCGGGCGCGACGAGCACUACCAUGUCCCCUUGCUGUUGGGACCGUUCAACUACACGACGUACCGGGGAUCGUGA